AACUCAAUUUUUCUGUUCAUUGUAGUAUUCGAUUUGUCUAUUCAUUUUAGUAUGGUGUUCGUAGUUACAAACAAAUGCAACACAUUGAAACAAACUACAACUUGCUUAUUGGUGAAAAUUUCACGAUACAAAUUAAGAGCAGGCCAACUUGUUUUAUUUAACGUUCUCUCUACAUGGAAAUCCUACAAAUUCAAAACUAGCCCUAGCCCAGAUCAGAGCAUUUCUAUAAAUAAAUUUAAUUGAUAUAGGUUUUCUCAAUGAAUUGAACCUUCCUCUUUCUGACGACUCUUCACAAAGAUCGAUAUGAUCGAGAGUAAACAUAGAUUGACUCAAAGUAGUUCAAUUGUUCUAAUACAUUUAUAAAUUUGCCUACAUUUUUUGGGUAGCACAAUACAAAAGUAGUACUGCCAUUACAAUGGCUUUUGCAGGGGAGGUGGAUAUUGUUAUACCCACCACCAAAAAUCUGGAUUUUCUAGAAAAAUGGAGGCCAUUUUUUGAACCAUACCAUCUUAUCAUAAUUCAGGAUGGUGACCCACACAAGACAGUGAAGGUGCCCAAGGGCUUUGAUUAUGAACUCUACAACCGCUCUGACAUAAGUGGAUUAUUGGGCUCCAAGGCUUCUUGUAUUACCUUUAAGGACACUGCCUGUCGUUGCUUUGGUUACCUCCUCUCCAAGAAGAAGUAUAUCUACACCAUUGUUGAUGAUUGCUUUGUGGCCCAGGAUCCGACAGGAAAAGAUGUAAAUGUAGUGGAACAACACUUACAAAAUCUGACUACACCUUCUACACCAUAUUUCUUCAAUACCCUUUAUGAUCCAUACCGUGAAGGCAGUGAUUUUGUCCGUGGGUAUCCCUUCAGCCUGAGGAAAGGCGUGCCCACUGCCAUUUCACAUGGGCUGUGGCUUAAUUUUCCUGACUAUGAUGCACCCACACAGCUUGUCAAACCAUUGGAGAAGAAUACCAGAAAUGUGGAUGCUGUCUUAACAAUUCCCAAGGGGUCCCUCUUUCCCAUGUCUGGAGUGAAUCUUGCUUUUAACAGAGAAUUGAUUGGCCCUGCAAUGUACUUUGGGCUUAUGGGAGAAGGCCAGCCUAUAUCUCGCUAUGAUGACAUGUGGGCAGGCUGGUGCUCCAAGGUAAUUUGUGACCACCUGGGAUAUGGAGUUAAGACAGGUGUCCCAUAUGUAUGGAACAGCAAACCCAGCAGUGCCUUUGUAACACUGAAGAAGGAGACCAAUGGUAUCUUAUGGCAAGAAGAGAUAGUCCCCUUCUUUCAGUCAGUUAAGCUUUCUAGAGAUGCUAACACUGUUGAACAGUGUUAUCUUGAUUUGGCUAAACAGGUUAAGGACAAACUAAGUUUGAUAGACCCUUACUUUAAUAGGUUGGCAGAAGCCAUGGUUACAUGGAUUGAGGCAUGGAGACAGUUCAAUCCUAAUGCUAGUCCCAGCUUAUCAAAGGUUAGCAGUGGAAAACUUAGUAAAACACAAUCUACACUGCAAGUUUGCAGUGCAGAGGUAACAAUAUUGAUGCAAAAUAAUUAUAUUGAUGAAUAAAAUAGCCAUAUAAACAGGCAGUAAAUGCCAAUAACUGCUGGUGUUUUACCUAGGUAAUAUACAAUCACCAUAAAUGAUGUUGAUUGAAGUAAACCAACUGCAUUUGUUUUAAGUAUUGUCUUUGUGACAAUAUUGGCUUAGAACAAUUUUAUUAGA